AUGAGCGAGGGUGCUAAUUUCGUAAAGAGAAGCAAGCCGAGGAGCUCAGCUUCGAGGAUCAGCUCGACGUACGAUGAUGACCAGGCUUCGGAAGCUGGACCAUCCAAUGGGUUUGCACGAGCUUCGGCAGCAUCGACUUCGACGAAGGCGGAUUCGGCUGCGACAGCGAUAGGUCGAGGAUCGGCUGGAAGCGACGAUGAUGGCGCCUCGAACGUUGUUUUCCGAGCACGAGCGAAGGGUGCUAGGGGGACGACGUCUUCGUUGGCAUCGACGACGGCGUCUGCCAGCAGACGUUCGCGAGAUGCUUCACCCUCAGCAGCAUACAACCAGCCGCCGAAAAGCAGCGCGAUGGACGAGGAUGAUGCAGGAGACGAUGGGGAUGCGUUCGAUAUCCGACGUUCGAAGCCCAACGUAACCGGCAAGCAUGCCAGACGAUCUACACCUGUAGGUCAGUCCCGUACAACAGCGUCGACACCGAAACGCUCGACACCUCUCCGUCCCACCUCCUUCCAACAGCAACCUCUCGACGAACCCCAUCCAUCAACGAGCACACUCUCAUCCAGCCUCUACACAUCCAAAUACCUCGACGAGCUGCGAUCGUCCACCCCCACCCUGCCACGCUCCCGAGCAGACAGCCCCAUCGCAGCGCUCGGACCGGGAACACGCAUCGAAGACCCCAUGUUGAUCACGCAAGCCUCGCGUCUAGCGCUCGACGACGAUUCGACGCUCGCCCGCGCCAGGUUCGCCGUUGACUUUGCGCACGAUGCCAUCCCCAGCGAGCGAGUCAUCCGAGCGGCCAAAGAGAAGCGUGCGAAACUUCGUGCUGCCCACGCUGCCUCCGCCUCCACCGCCGUGGGGGACGACUUUAUCUCGCUCGCACCUACCUCGUUGGAAAAGUACGACGGGACAGGUGUGGAUUCGGGACCCCAUCCGCACUCCCGCCUGCAGCGAGAGGAGGACGAACUCGGGGAUGGCGAAGACGAAUUCAGCGAAUUCACCGGUGCGACCGACCGAAUCCCGAUCGGUGAAAGCCAGAUGAAAGAAAUGGAGGCUCGACAGCGUCAGGAGAUGUACGAAGCUAUCCGCGGAGACUCGGACGACGAGAUGCAAGACGAAGAGGAGUUGGAGUGGGAACAAGCACAGCUGCGAAGGACGCAAACUACAAAUCCUGUGUCGAGGGAAGCUUCGCCCUUCCGAUCCGCGCCCAUCCCAGCACCCACCCCACUGCCUUCCGUGGGAACGUGCUCCACCCGCCUAGAACUGACACUCAGAGCACUGGAGCAGAGCAUCUCCUCAUCGAAAUCGGUGGUCGAAUCGACGGGAAAGGAGCUCAUCGCAUUAGAGGAAGCGGAGAGGGAGAACAAGUUGGACGUGGUGGCGGUGGAGGAGAAAGCGGCAUGGUUCGAUGAGAUGGAGGCGUUCGUGGUGAGUCUGGCGCGGUUUAUGGAGGAGAAGGUGGCGAGGGUGGAGGAGGUGGAGACGCGGGCGAUGGAGUUGCUGGUCAGGAGGAACAGGAUAGUGAUGAGGACGAGGGGAAGGUGGAUUGAUGGUAGGUUGCGGAUGUGUUUGGGGAUCGUACCGGGCAAGAGUGCUGUGAUUGAAUUCGACGAGGAGAAGGGGGAUGCUGAGAUGGACACUGGCGAUGGUAUCGGUGACGAAGCGCAAGCGGUCGAUGCUCUGCAGUUGGACACGCUUCCACCAGCGGACGAGUCAUCCUUCGCCCUCGCUCAACAAGAGAUCCUCACGACCCUCAAAACGAUCUUUGCCGACACUCAGGCGCCUGAAUACCUCGAUCCCGCAGCAACAACCGCGAACACCGGAUUCGACACCGACCUGCAUCCGCUUAGCGUCGUCUCGCGAUUCCAAGAGUGGCGACGAGCCUACCGGGAGGAGUACGCGCAGGUGUGGGGUGGACUAUCGCUCGCGCAGAUCUGGGAGUUUUAUGCCCGGGUGGAGGUGAUCCCGUAUUCGCCCUUUUCGUCGACCACGACGCGGGGAUGGGUAGGGGGUGCGGCUGCCAUCAGUCGAUUCAGAUGGUUUACCGGUGCCUCUGAUUAUGCUUCUCGGGCGGUUGACGGAAAGGAGGCGGUGGGAGGUGACGAUGAAGUGGUAGAAACGUUGAUGGGGAAUGUGCUGGUGAAGAAGUUGAUGGGGUUGACGCAGGGAGGUGCGUUCUCGCCUUGGUCCGCGGAGGAGUUUGGGGAGGCGGUGGAGGCGGUGGAUCUGGUCCAGACGGUGUUGGGCGCGGGGAAUGCGAGAUGCGAAGGCUUGAUGGAAUCAUUUUUGGAUGUCUUCCAGCGACAGAUUGGGAGACUGGAGGAGGUGAUGCAGCUACCGUCGACAGCAAUACCGGUAGGCGAUAGGGCUCAAGCGGGGAGAGAGGUGGCAGAGCAACUCGUGCAGCUGUUGAAGAAUCUGAUCGGUUGGUCUCGUGUCAUCGAUCUCAAACAGAUCGCGGCGUUGGCAAAGGUGUACUUGGGACUGGUGGAGAGCUUGUUGGGUGGUGUGGUGGAGGUGUUCGCCAGUCGAUUGGAGGGUGCAGUGCAAGGGAUGGAGCGGGAGGUGUGGGGGAUGGUGCGGGAGGUUAUACCGCAGCAUAUCGUGAAAGGAUCGGAGAGGAUUGGUGCUUUGCUCUCGAGACACUGCUAA